AUGGCCUCGGCGUGCGGGACGCCGGGCCCUGGGGGCGCGCUGGGCAGCCCGGCUCCUGCCUGGUACCACCGCGACCUGAGCCGCGCUGCGGCAGAGGAGUUGCUGGCCCGGGCGGGCCGCGAUGGCAGCUUCCUGGUCCGAGACAGCGAGAGCGUGGCGGGGGCCUUCGCGCUCUGCGUCCUGUAUCAGAAGCAUGUGCACACAUACCGCAUCCUGCCCGACGGAGAGGACUUCCUGGCCGUGCAGACCUCGCAGGGUGUGCCUGUGCGGCGCUUCCAGACCCUGGGAGAGCUCGUCGGCCUGUACGCCCAGCCCAACCAGGGCCUCGUGUGUGCCCUGCUGCUGCCUGUAGAGGGCGAGAGAGAGCCGGACCCGCCCGACGACCGCGACGCCUCAGAUGGGGAGGAUGAGAAGCCCCCGCUGCCGCCGCGCUCUGGCUCCACCAGCAUUUCUGGCCCGGUGGGCCCAAGCAGCCCAUCGCCAGCCCCCGAGACGCCCACAACUCCCGCUGCUGAGAGCGCUCCCAACGGGCUUAGCACCGUCUCACACGAGUAUCUGAAGGGUAGCUAUGGGCUGGACCUGGAGGCUGUGAGAGGCGGAGCCAGCAACCUGCCGCACCUCACCCGCACCCUGGUCACCUCCUGCCGGAGGCUGCACAGUGAGGUGGACAAGGUCCUGUCUGGCCUGGAGAUCCUGUCCAAGGUGUUUGACCAGCAGAGCUCGCCCAUGGUGACUCGCCUUUUGCAGCAGCAGAACCCACCGCAGACUGGGGAGCAGGAACUAGAGAGCCUGGUACUGAAGCUGUCAGUGCUCAAGGACUUCCUGUCUGGCAUCCAGAAGAAGGCCCUGAAGGCCCUACAGGACAUGAGCUCCACAGCACCCCCUGCUCCCCUGCAGCCGUCCAUACGGAAGGCCAAGACCAUCCCCGUGCAGGCCUUUGAGGUGAAGCUGGACGUGACCCUGGGCGACCUGACCAAGAUCGGGAAGUCGCAGAAGUUCACGCUGAGCGUGGAUGUGGAGGGCGGACGGCUGGUGCUGCUGAGAAGACAGCGAGACUCCCAGGAGGACUGGACCACUUUCACCCAUGACCGCAUCCGCCAGCUCAUUAAAUCCCAGCGUGUCCAGAACAAGCUUGGUGUCGUGUUUGAGAAGGAGAAGGAGCGGACGCAGCGCAAGGACUUCAUCUUUGUCAGUGCUCGGAAGCGGGAGGCCUUUUGCCAGCUGCUGCAGCUCAUGAAAAACAAGCACUCCAAGCAGGAUGAGCCCGACAUGAUCUCUGUCUUCAUAGGCACCUGGAACAUGGGAAGUGUGCCACCUCCGAAAAACGUGACAUCUUGGUUCACAUCAAAGGGCCUGGGGAAGACCCUGGACGAGGUCACAGUGACCAUACCCCACGACAUCUAUGUCUUUGGGACUCAGGAGAACUCGGUGGGCGACCGAGAGUGGCUGGACCUGCUGCGUGGGGGCCUCAAGGAGCUCACAGAUUUGGAUUACCGCCCGAUUGCCAUGCAGUCACUGUGGAACAUCAAGGUGGCCGUGCUGGUCAAGCCAGAGCACGAGAACCGCAUCAGCCACGUCAGCACCUCCAGCGUGAAGACCGGCAUCGCCAACACUCUGGGGAACAAGGGAGCUGUGGGCGUGUCCUUCAUGCUCAACGGCACCUCAUUUGGCUUUGUGAAUUGCCACCUCACCUCGGGGAACGAGAAGACUGCGCGGCGGAACCAGAACUACCUGGACAUCCUGCGGCUGCUCUCGCUGGGCGACCGGCAGCUCAGUGCCUUUGACAUCUCUCUGCGCUUCACCCACCUCUUCUGGUUUGGGGACCUCAACUAUCGCCUAGACAUGGACAUCCAGGAGAUUCUGAACUACAUCAGCAGGAAGGAGUUUGAGCCCCUGCUCAGGGUGGACCAGCUCAACUUGGAGCGGGAGAAGCACAAGGUCUUCCUCCGAUUCAGUGAGGAAGAGAUCUCCUUCCCACCCACCUACCGCUACGAGCGGGGUUCCCGGGACACGUAUGCCUGGCACAAGCAGAAGCCAACUGGGGUCCGGACCAACGUGCCCUCGUGGUGUGACCGGAUUUUGUGGAAGUCCUACCCUGAGACCCACAUCAUCUGCAAUUCCUAUGGUUGCACGGACGACAUUGUCACCAGCGACCACUCCCCUGUGUUUGGGACAUUUGAGGUUGGAGUUACCUCUCAGUUCAUCUCCAAGAAAGGGCUCUCGAAGACUUCGGACCAGGCGUACAUCGAGUUUGAGAGCAUCGAGGCCAUUGUGAAGACAGCCAGCCGCACCAAGUUCUUCAUUGAGUUCUACUCCACCUGCCUGGAGGAGUACAAGAAGAGCUUCGAGAAUGAUGCCCAGAGCAGUGAUAACAUCAACUUCCUCAAAGUGCAGUGGUCCUCACGCCAGCUACCCACGCUCAAACCCAUUCUGGCUGACAUCGAAUACCUGCAAGACCAGCACCUCUUGCUCACGGUCAAGUCCAUGGACGGCUACGAAUCCUAUGGGGAAUGCGUGGUUGCGCUCAAGUCCAUGAUUGGCAGCACGGCCCAGCAGUUCCUGACCUUCCUGUCCCACCGCGGCGAGGAGACGGGCAACAUCCGUGGCUCCAUGAAGGUGCGGGUGCCCACGGAGCGCCUGGGCACCCGGGAGCGGCUCUACGAGUGGAUCAGCAUUGAUAAGGAUGAGGCAGGAGCAAAGAGCAAAGCCCCUUCUGUGUCGCGAGGCAGCCAGGAUCCUAGGUCAGGGAGCCGCAAGCCAGCCCCCACAGAGGCCUCCUGCCCGCUGUCCAAGUUAUUCGAAGAACCAGAGAAACCGCCACCAACAGGGAGGCCCCCAGCCCCACCCCGAGCAGCGCCCCGGGAGGAGCCCUUGACCCCCAGGUUGAAGCCAGAGGGGGCUCCUGAGCCGGAAGGGGUGGCGGCCCCCCCACCCAAGAACAGCUUCAACAACCCCGCCUACUACGUCCUUGAAGGGGUCCCACACCAGCUGCUGCCGCCAGAGCCACCCUCACCUGCCAGGGCCCCCGUCCCGCCUGCCACCAAGAACAAAGUGGCCGUCACCGUGCCUGCCCCACAGCUGGGGCGCCACCGGCCCCCCCGGGCGGGAGAGGGGAGCUCAUCAGAUGAGGAGUCGGGGGGCACACUGCCCCCUCCGGACUUCCCUCCCCCCCCACUCCCAGACUCUGCCAUCUUCCUGCCCCUCAGUCUGGAUCCUCUGCCAGGGCCGGUAGUCCGGGGUCGCUGUGGGGGUGAGGCCCGGGGCCCACCCCCUCCCAAGACCCACCCAAGGCCCCCGCUGCCCCCAGGCCCCUCCCCUGCCAGCACUUUCCUGGGCGAUGUCGCCAGCGGGGACGACCGUUCCUGCUCCGUGCUGCAGAUGGCCAAGACGCUGAGCGAGGUGGACUAUGCUCCGGCGGGGCCUGCCCGCUCCGUGCUCCUGCCAAGCCCCCUGGAGCUGCAGCCACCCCGAGGACUGCCCUCAGACUAUGGCCGGCCCCUCAGCUUCCCUCCGCCCCGCAUCCGAGAGAGCAUCCAGGAGGACCUGGCAGAGGAGGCUCCGUGCCCGCAGGGCGGGCGGGCCGGCGGGCUGGGUGAGGCGGGCAUGGGUGCCUGGCUGCGGGCCAUCGGCUUGGAGCGCUAUGAGGAGGGCCUCGUGCACAAUGGCUGGGACGACCUGGAGUUUCUCAGUGACAUCACGGAGGAAGACCUGGAGGAGGCUGGGGUGCAGGACCCAGCUCACAAGCGCCUCCUUCUGGAUACCUUACAGCUCAGCAAGUAAUGACGGUGACUCCACCAAGCUGGGAACUGGGCACCCUUCCUUCUGGACGAAGGCGCAGCCAUAGCCCCGGCAUUGGGAAGUUAGGGCUGGGGCAGUGCCUGGCUGCCUAUUUAUUGGGAAUCUGCAUUCCCCACUGCCCAGUCACGCGGAAUGCCCUAAGUAGGACAUCCUGCCCCUCACCUUUAAGGCCUAGGCACCAGUUGCCAUGGUUACUCCACCUCCUUGGUUGCUGGGUCUGGUUGCUGUCCUUCCCUGGAGCCCUCCUACCAGCCCCGGGGGUGGUGCCCCUGGGACCCAGGAUACUGGUUGGGGCCCUCCCGACAUGGUCCCGUGGUGUCUGUGGCCCUCCCCUGUCUAUUCCAUGGGGGAGGAGCUCCACCAAGACCUCCUCCAACUAUCCUGAUGUGGGGGGGUCUGCCUGUCCGGAGAUGAAGGAAUAGCCCGAGACCUGGGCCGUGGUGAUUUAAGCUUUUCUGUGUGGGUUUGGGGAGGGAGGGCACCUUGAUAUUGUUGGGGUCGCUGGGGAGGGGCAGGCCAUCUCCUGGAUUGUCCCCCCUCCCCGUGCUGGGAAUGCACCGCGCGGCUUGGUUCCUCGCUGGAUGCAACCGGGACGGUUCCUGCAAAUAGCCCUGGCCCUGUCCUAGGCACUCAAAAGGGCUGCUGGUGGGAUGUCUUCAAUAAAUUAAGUUUUAUUUGGAUUGAGCAAA